AAUGAAGACAAUUUUAGUUUUGGCAGCAAUUGUAGCGGCUGCAGUUGCCUUACCCGCAGAUACCUACAACCCAGCAUAUGACAACUUCAAUGCGCAGGAGUUGGUUGACAAUGAUCGUCUACUUAAAAAUUAUGGAAAAUGUUUCCUAGAACAAGGACCGUGCACAGCUGAGGGACAUGACUUCAAAAAGGUCAUACCCGAAGCCCUAAGAACAAAUUGUGGGAAAUGCACUCCAAAACAGCGUGAACUGAUUCGUACUGUUGUUCACGGCUUUAAAACUAAGCUCCCAAAAAUGUGGGAAGAAAUUGUCCGCAAAGAAGAUCCCAAAAAUGAAUACACGGCGGCUUUCAACGAAUUUUUGGCAGCUUCCAACUAAGACUUAUGUAGCAAUUAUAGAACUAAUAUACAGCUGAAAUGUAUAUUUAUGUGAUAAAAUACUUUUUAAUGUAUUUGGAUUGUGUUUCAAUAAAUUUGACAUUUACAUUCAUAAAUUAAAUAUCGCUUAUAAAGAUUGUCAAAACGUUAUCAAUCCGACAAUGUAAAUCUGACAAUUAACAGACUUUCUAAUACAGAUUAAUUAUUAUAGCGUACCAUUCUUAAUUGUUACACUUAGUUGUUAUGAGCAAAAUACUCUUUACUCGACUAAGAUUUAUUAUUUCUUAUAAUUGUUAAUAUUAAUAGAACUAGCAAUUGCAGCUUUUAAUAAAAACAAUACAGUAUUUACUUAACAUCACAUUAUACUUAAUUUUGAGAUAAAAUUGACGCUUAGUAUAAGUUGAUCUACCUGAGAAUUUUUAAUAAAUAUUGUUCAAA